AUGGAAAAAAAUUUUCAAGAAACUUAUGACUAUGAUUCAGUAUUUUUUGAGUUUUCUGAAGAUACUUUUAAUAGUGAAAUUCCUAAUGUUAAACUUAACGAAGGUGAUACUUAUUCUUCCGAAGAAACUUUUAUUAUAGCAGUUAAAACAUAUGCAAAACAACAAGGCUUUCAA